ACGAUCUCGAGAUGGCUGGGCAUAAGACAUAUCUACUAUCUUGUUUUUUUCUAAGUAUAAUUAUCAGAGUUUCUAUGGCAACAUCGCAAUGCACUUUGGACUGGGAUCAGUACGAACCCAAACGUAUCAAUGCGAUCCGGGGACAGAUUCUGAGCAAACUUGGCUUGGAAAGUCCCCCUGAAGACGAGGGGCCCGAUGACGUACCCGAGGAGAUCAUGUUUCUGUACAACCAGACAGUGGAUCUUUUAAACGAACGUACAAGGGACCAAAAAGACGAAUGUAAUCGUGGUGGGGACGAUGAUGAUAAUAGCUACUAUGCCAGCGAAGUGACGAAAUGUGUAAGAGAUGAAGAAUGGCCCAACGAAGAGAACACUUACACAAAGCCAAGAUUUGAUGCAGGUCACAGUCUCUUCAUCCGUUUUGAUCUUUCGGGGUUGAAAGACAUUGACCUAUCUAAUAUAAACAACGCCGAACUACGCCUGUAUCAAGUUGCCAACACAGCCGCUACUUCAAAGUCACAGAGAAUUGAGUUAUAUACGCUUCUGCCUCCAUCCUUUGGAAGUUCAGAAUUUGGACAACGUUAUCUACAUAGUAGAACUCUGAAUCCUUCUUCUAGUGGCUGGAUUUCAUUUGAUAUUACAACAACAGUCAUACAAUGGAUUAUGGACCCAGCAAGUGACUUUGGUCUGGAGCUGACAGUGCCUUGCGGUGGUUUCAAGUAUUCACCAUCAGGAGUUCCUAUUCCUGGACAGAGUGAACAACUACAGAUAUACAUAGCAGGUUUGACCGAGAUACCAGUGUCAAGUGGACCGGGUGGAGGUCCCAACAGAGGUGGAGGACGAGGUGAUAUACCUGUUUUUGAGGACACUGAAGGCAAAGAUCCCCAUAUACUUGUCGUUUCCCAGGCACCACAAGCAUCUACAGUUGUUGGAAACAGCCAGGGACGUAAAAAACGUAGUUUAGAUGCCACUCAGUGCUUCCCUAUACCGACAGAAACCAACUGCUGUUUGAGACAGCUCUACAUCGAUUUCAAGAAAGACCUUGGCUGGACAUGGAUCCACGCACCACAGGGUUACAACGCCAACUACUGCGGCGGAGCUUGUCCAUAUCUGUGGAGUCAAAACACUCAACACACUACCAUUCUCAGUCUCUAUCAGUCUCUUAAUCCUGAUGCAUCGGCAGUACCAUGUUGCGUCCCUAAAACGCUUGAGUCACUCACUAUUCUGUACUAUGAAUCCCGUAAACCCAAGAUCACGCAACUGACCAACAUGGUGUUGACGUCAUGCAAAUGUAGUUGAGAUUUUUAUUUUUCUAAUUAAUUUCCUACGAUUUUUAAUAAAUAUUAAACAGGGUUAUAAUUAAAAGUAAGUUUUCAUGAAAGCUUUUAGCAACGUGAGAAUCACCGGAUUAUACAAUAGAGGGUCAUACAGGAUUCUCAAUAAUUCCUAUGCUAAAUACUGAUGACUGGAAAAAUGAGAAUUCAUGGAAUUAUUUUUUUUUUGAAGGGUGUGUACAAAAAUCCAGCCUAUAAAAUGUUUUUUUUCUUCAAAUUUCUCAAACCAAUAGAUGCAAAAAAUAUUACAAGUUAUCCAACAUCCCAUUAAACAUACACAGACCUCAUCUCAUUUGAAUGAGAUGAAUGAUUGCAGAGAUCACUGUACCCUCACCCACUAAUUACAUGGACGUUGAUGUAACCAACUGUCACAUGUGUGUUUUCUGUAAAAGUGAUCACUGAUAUUCCAGAAUUCAUACUCCAGACAACAAUAUAGAUGAUUGGUGUUACCAAAUUAACCAAUCUGUUCUAACACCUACAUUAUGUAUAAUAUAUAUAUAAUAUAAUAAAUACAGAGUGCUUUUUUAAUAAG